AUGCUCACCACCACCGCCGCUGCCGCUGCUGCUGCUGCUGCUGCCCGUCCCGCUGCCUGUCCGCCAUCUCCCGCCUCUUCAUCCUCGCCCGCCUCCUCCGCCGCCUCGUCGCCCUUUGCGCGCCACCCUCACCCGCACCCGCACCCGUCGCUGCUGCCGUACCUCGCCGGCCCGUCGUCGUCGCCUGUGUUCUCCGCGCUCGCGUCGCCGCCCGCCGCCGCCUUCGACUUCUCGUUCUGGCCCGAGGAGUCGAUGCUCCCCGUCGCCUCGUCGUCGUUCGCCGCGUCGCUGCCCGGCCUGCGCCCGCCGCCCGUCAAGCUUGACCACUUCUACGACGACGCCUCGUUCGAUCCCGCCUGCGACGCCCCCGCGCCCUUCCUGCUGCACCACGACGCCGCCGGCCUGCCGUUCGACGACUCCGACGACGCCUUCGCACACCUGCUCGCGCCCGCCAAGCGCCCGCCGCCGCCGCCGCCGCUGCUGUUCCCCGGCAUCAGCCACCGCCGCGCCGCGUCCGGCUCGUCUGUCCUCUCGCCGCCGUCGAUAGCGACCUCCGCCGCGUCGGCUUCCGCCCGCUCGUCGCCCGCGCUCACGCCGUACGCGCCCUUCGCCAGUCCUGCGCGGCCGCCGGCCCGCCUUGCGUUGGACGCCGGCGCCGGCGAUGGGAACAUGAGGAAAUCCGUGCUGGACCAUCACCAUAAUAAUAAUAAUAAUACCAAUAACUACAGCCGCCCGCCGUCCGACGCCCACCACCAGCGCCCACAGCCGCCGCCCGCCCGCUCGCCCGCCGCCGCCACCGCCGCCACGGACGAGCCGGCUGGCUUCUACUCCCUGCUCCCGCCCUCCGCCUCCUCGGCCAGCCAUAACUCGCCCGCCACGCCGCAGGCCAGCUUUGCCGACGACCUCGACGAGCUGUCCAAGUCGCUCUCGCACGGCGAGCCACCACCGCCCCUGUCCGGCCCGGACCUGCUGGACCGCUGGUCGCAUCCGCCGUACUCGCAGCCCACCGCGCCGCCAGACCUCAGCAGUGCCGCUGCCCCGCGGCUCCCGGCCGACGCAUACGCCGACGAGCUGUACAGCCCGGCCCUGGCUGGCGCGCCGCCCGACCGUGUGCCGUCGCAGCCGCGCCUCGAGCCCGCCGGUUACGCGCCGUACCGCGGCAGCGUCAUGGCCAACUGCCUGCAGGCCGCGCAGCAGAGCCACAUGACGGCGCGCGCCCACUCGCCCGGCGCCCACAUGGCUGCCGCCGCCGCCGCCGCCGCCCGCCAGCGCUCGCCGUUCCGCCAUGGCUCCCCCUACGCCUACUCCUCGGCCGCGCCCCUCGCGCAGCCGCCGCACGCCGCCUCGGCGCUGCGCGGCAUGGCCCUGAUCGAGUCUGGCGGCGCGCCCGACGCCGACGAGCCCAAGACCAUCUCGCCCAAGGACGCGCUGCUCGACUACCACGACGACGACGCCAGCCUGCCCUUGUUCCCGCCGCCGCCCGAGCCCGCCCAGUUCACGCCCCAGCAGCCCUUCCGCCUGUCGAAUUUCCCGCCGCUGCCGCCGUUCCCGCCACGCUUCCACCCCGCGCCGCCCGACGGCUCGCAGUACUACAUGCCGCAGCCGCCACCGCAGCCACAGCCGCCGCCGCCGCCGCCCCAACAGCAGCAGCAGCAGCAGCACCAGCCCAUGCGCGUCACGCAAGCGCCCCCGCCGCCGCCGCCGGUGCAUCACACCCCCGACUUCCCGCCGUCCAUGGAGGCGACGAACAGUGAACGCACGCCCGGCAUCCUGCGUCCCCCACCACACUCGCCCGUCAAGCGGCCGCGCGACCCGUCAUCCGACUCGGGCACGUACAGCUGCACGUACCACGGGUGCGCGCACCGCUUCGAGACGCCGGCCAAGCUGCAGAAGCACAAGCGCGAGGCGCACCGGCAGACGACGCCGGGCACGCACGGGCUGGCGCGCGACGGCAGCGGCGGCACGACGACGGCGACGGUGAUGCUGCGCGGGUCGCAGGCCGGCCCGCACAAGUGCGAGCGCAUCAACCCGUCGACGGGCAAGCCGUGCAACUCCAUCUUCUCGCGCCCCUACGACCUCACGCGCCACGAGGACACCAUCCACAACGCCCGCAAGCAGAAGGUGCGCUGCCACCUGUGCUCCGAGGAGAAGACCUUCUCGCGCAACGACGCCCUCACCCGCCACAUGCGCGUCGUGCACCCGGACGUCAGCUGGCCCGGCAAGCAGCGCCGCCGCGGCCGAGACUGA